AUGGAUGGGGCCAACCACACCGUCAGGACGGGCUAUGUCCUGCUGGGGCUCCAGAAGCACCCCCGGCUCGAGACGGUCCUGUUUGUGCUCUGCCUGGGCGUCUACGUGGUGACUGCGCUGGGGAACUCCCUCCUCAUAGGGCUGAACGUGCGGGACCCCCGCCUGCACAGCCCCAUGUACUUCUUUCUCAGCAACCUCUCCCUCAUAGAUCUCUGUGGCACCACCGCCUUCAUGCCGCUCAUGUUAGUCAACUUCCUGGGAAGCCACCAGACCAUCUCCCGCCCCAGCUGCGCCCUGCAGAUGUACGUGACCCUGGCGUUGGGCUCCACAGAGUGCCUGCUCCUGGCCGUGAUGGCGUACGACCGUUAUGUGGCCAUCUGCCAGCCGCUCAGGUACUCGGAGCUCAUGAGCGGGCAGGUGUGCGUGCAGCUGGCCAUGCUGAGCUGGGGGAUGGGCUUUGUCAACUCCCUGCUGCACUCCGUCCUGGUGUGGCGCCUCCCCUUCUGUGGCCACAGCAUCAUCAACCACUUCUUCUGCGAGAUCCUGGCCGUGCUGAAACUGUCCUGUGGGGACAUCUCGCUCAAUGCACUGGUGCUCAUGGUGGCCACCACAGUCCUGACGCUGACCCCGCUCCUGCUCAUCUGCCUCUCCUAUGUUGGCAUCCUGGCGGCCAUCCUUAGGGUCCCCUCUGCUGCAGGCCGGCACAAAGCCUUCUCCACCUGCUCUGCCCACCUCACAGUGGUGGUUGUUUUCUAUGGGACCAUCCUCUUCAUGUACUUCAAGCCCAAGGCCAAGGACCCCGACGUGGAUAAGAUUGUCACGCUCUUCUACGGGGUGGUGACACCCUCGCUGAACCCCAUCAUCUACAGCCUGAGGAACACAGAGGUGAAAGCUGCGGUCACAGCUCUGUGGGGGGGAGGCCCCCUCUCCAGGCAAAUGCCCCACGUUCACUGCUGCUCUCUGCACCUGCCAGGCCGCAGAGGCUAG